UUGCCAACUCUUACCAAAUGCAAACCCUACGUUAGGGUUGGCAAAUCUUAACCAGCCCUCCUCGCCUAUGCUCGCUACCGCAAAUUCGCCAACGACGAAACCUUUAUCGAAAAUUCAAAAUCCGUACCCAUUUUCUACUCUUCACCAGAUCGUCAUAGUCUUCGGCGAUUCAUGGCCACUCCAUCCGAUCCCACUAGCUGGGAGGCUAAUGCUGCCGCGAGGAGGCAAAAGAAAGGACCCCCAUUCAAGUUCUUGGUUCCUCUGGUUUACGCUCCAAUUCUUCCUCUUAUUCGACUCUCUCUGAGGAGGAAUCCAGUCUUGAGGGACCGCUUGUUUAUUGGUGUCUUGGUUGGUGCAUUUGCUCAUGGCGCUUAUUUGGUAAGUUGGAAUAGAUGCAAGUUGAAGGUGGUUUUCACUACCUUAUGUUCACUUUAAGCUUCAAGUCUUUGUCCGCACUACGCAGUUGUAAUAAUUUUUUCAUUUACUUUGCCCUUGCUGGCCUUAUGGGAGCCAAUUAGACCAUUGUGUCUCUGUAUACUGUUAUCUUGAGAUGCGAAUAAAGCAUAUUUAUAAAAAGUAAAUAACUCCCGUACCUGUAGUGGGCGGGGUCAGAGACAAAGCAUCCUUCCGCCCGCAUAAUAUGUGGAGAGGUUGUUUUCGGGGUUUGAAUCUGUGACCUCUAAGUUGCACCUCAACAUAUUUAUGUGAUUUUUUUUGAAUAUCUUUGCUCAAGAAUGCUCACUUUCAAGGCUCUUCCCAGUUUUGCUGCUUUUCCUUAAUGGAGUU